AUAAACUUGCUUAUUAAACUACUAUUUAUUUUAAUUCAAUUUGUUUUGUUGUAAAUAUUAUUCUGCAUGUUGCGAUUUUAUCUAAACGAUUUUAAUUUUUGUGUCAUUUAACAAACGAUGUCAAUGGCCUAAAUUGACAUAAAACUUUUUAACUAACUACUAUUUAUUUUAAUUCAAUUUGUUUUGUUGUAAAUAAUAUUCUGCACGUUGCGGUUUUAUCUAAAGGAUUGUAAAUGUUACAUGUUCUUUUUUAAAAAUAUUUUUAUUAAUUGUACAAUUUGUCACUUUAUUAAUAAUUACAUUAUUUUAGAAAUUUUAUUAUUAUUGUUUUAUAUAAAGUAUAAUAUUCUAUUUUUACCAAUGUACGUCGAUCCAAUAAUGUAGUAUCCACUUAUAUGACGUGUAGCAUCUAUUCAAAUGUUUUUGACUUAUAAUUAGGGAUUAAUCUUACAAAAUAAAAGGUACUGGCUACAAAUUUGUUUUUAUUUUGUUAUAAAAUAAUUUCAAACUACACUUGGAAACACAAUUAUACUACACAAAUGAACACAUAGAAUACAAUAUAAUUGAAUAGAGGUUUUUAAAUCAGGAAAAAAACCAAUGGAUUCUGCUUCUAUUCCUAGGUGGCUACGGCUGGCGAGAGAUGUUAUCUUUCGGAAAACUCCUUGGCAAACGGGAUUUGUAUCAUUUGGGCUUGGUGACUUGACAGCUCAAAUGUAUAUAGAAGACACCAAACUGGAUAAGGUCGAUUGGGUGCGAACAUUUCGAUUCGCCACUGUAGGGUUAUUUGUCGGACCAAGGGUACAGCGUUUUACAACUCAUAGUGUACUGAUGAAAUUCGGCAAAGCCAGAUGUCCAAACACUCCAGUGAACAUCGCGGUUGAUAAAAUUUUGCUUGCUCCAUUUGCGAAUGCAGGCAUUGUUGCCUAUAGUCGGAUAAUUAGCGGAGAUGAUUGGCCUCAAGCCAGAAAAAAAGCCGAAGAAUGCUGCAUCCCCAUUACUGUCAACAGCUUUAUGGUAUGGCCAGCAAUGCAAAUGAUCAAUCAUUUCAUAGUACCAGCCAAAUACAGUGAAUUUGUAGCGACUUUAGUUAGUGUAUUUUGGAACGCAUAUUUGUCAAACGUGAUUGUCGGUAAAGGAAAAGCAGAAAUUUUCGAUCCAAGAAAAUAUUUUGAAUCUGGAGAUAAAAAACCUAAGAAAAAAAAAUAAACCACAACAAACAACUUUAUCGCGUUACAGUUACCUAAUUAAUUUAAAAAAAUGUUAAGCUACACGAGUAAACACACAUUGGAAUGAGCUCUUUUAAAAUUUUAUAGUGAAAUCACAUGUUUUAGCUUAUGAUGCUUUUAAUGAAGGAAUUUACGCUUUAAAUUUAUAUAGUUAACAUAUUUUAGACAUAUUAUCAUGUU